AUGUGUUCUUUUGCGAGAUAUGCUUGGAAGAAUUGUUCCCUGAAUAUCUUGUCUGAAAAUGAUGAAUCUACUCCGUUUGGACAAUGGAUUCAGAAUUAUAUCCUGCUUUAUCAUAGUGAGGAUGGAAAGAACAGUGAACGAAUAGGAAUGUUCAUAGGCGUUCUUCGGAGUCUUUGGCUGACUAGAAAUGGGAGGGUCUUCAGUAAUCAGGGAGGUUAUCUUGCAGACCUGUUUAGGAACUAUAAUACAGCGAUGCAUAACUUCACGGUUUGGAAAAUGAGGGAGGAAGGGGAGGAUGUCAGGGCAAAGGAUAAAAAUAACAACGGUGCGCCUCUGGGUUUUCAACGAAUAAACAUUGGGUCCGAAAAGGAAGACAUAACAUACACAACAGAUGCUAGAUUGGAAGUGACUAUAAUGGUUGAUGGCUCUUGGCAAAAGCGGACUAGAAUGGCAGGAACGGGAUGGGCUUUCUCGGAAGACCAGAUAACUUUUAUGGAGGGGGAGGAAGCUAUGGAAAAGCAUACUUUUAUGUGUGCAUGCUUUAAAGUGGGCGGAGGCAAAAGGGUACCAAAGGAUUCUUUUAUUCACUGA